CCGGACGGGCCGCGCCGCCAUAUUGGCUGUUGUCCUGUCUGCGGCGGGCGGCGGGUCGCGCUCGCCAUGACUCGCAGGCGGAACAAGGCGGCGGCGGCGGCGGGCGGCGCGGGGACGCGCCGGGAGCGGGCGGGGGGCGCCGCCGCCGCCGCCGCGGCCCCCCCGCCGGAGCCGCCCGCGCCGCCGGAGGUGGCGGCGGGCAGCAGCGCGGAGCCGGGCAGAGCCGCCGCUCAGGUGCUGCCCACCGCCAACCAGUCAGUGCAGACGUGCUGCCUGCUGUGCCACAGGGAGCGCAAGGACUGGGGAGGCCCGUCCCACAAUGGGCUCGUUUCCCCGGGUGAGAGGCUGCCACCGGACUUUGUGCCAACACUCGUGCAAAACCUCCUGGGAGAAAUGCCGCUGUGGAUCUGCCAGAGCUGCCGGAAGAGCGUGGAGGAAGAAGAGCGGCGGGCAGUGCAGGAGCAGGCCCUGGCGGUCUCGUUAUCCCACACAUCCUGCAAGUCACAGUCUUGUGGGGGUGGCUCCCACUCCUCUUCCUCUUCCUCCUCCUCCUCCUCCUCCUCGUGCCACGGGAACUCAGGGGACUGGGACCCCAGCUCUUUCUUGUCUGCCCACAAGCUCUCGGGCCUCUGGAACUCGCAGCACAGCAAUGGGGCCGUGCAGGGCAGCCCCCUCGGGGCCCCCGCGGCUGCACUAGGUGACAAGCAUCCUGGCCUCGCUCUUUCUCCAGAGUGCGUCAGCCAGGCUCCUGCCAUGGCGCCUGGGCUCAAGGCCUGUCCAUACAGCCACACGGCCUCCCCUGCGUCCAGCGGCACUGCCCCAGGCUCGCCUCUGCCUACCUCACUCGACUUCUGCAAGACACUGCCGAAGCAGUUCAAAAGCAUGUGCCGGAGGGCCACCCCACCAGGUGAGGCCUUCCACUCCUCAGAGCAUCAUCAGCACUCGGACCUCACUGCUCCUCCCAACAGUCCCACCGGCCUCCCCUCCCAGCCGCCAGCGCUGAUUCCCUCCAAGCAGACGCCUGCCCAUCCGGGGCCCUUCGGCUCCCCGCCACGUGUCCCACUGGGCACCUCCCCACAGGCUACGCUCUUCCCUGCGCCCAGCGCGCAGGCAGCAGCCCUGAAGCCAGCAUCCGAGUCCCCUCCUGCUGGCACUGUCUCACACAGCCCGGGUUCGUGUAAGAGCCCCCACCUGCCCCCUGCUAACGUGCCGCUGCUGAAGAUGCCACCUCCGCUUUCGGGUUGCACUCAUCCCUGCAACGGGCACUGCAGUACUUCGCUCAUCCCUCCUCCUGCCUCCCACCAGCUGCCCAGUACAAACAGGGACCCCUCUUGCAAAGGGCACAAAUUCCCAAACGGUACCAGCUGCCACCCGCCGCAGCCGUGUGAGGCAGACGAGGGGCUCGGGGAGGAUGAGGACAGCAGCUCGGAGCGCAGUUCCUGCACCUCCUCCUCCACCAACCAGAAAGAUGGGAAGUUCUGUGACUGCUGCUACUGUGAGUUCUUCGGCCACAACGCGCCCCCGGCCGCUCCUACGAGCCGCAACUACGCUGAGAUCCGGGAGAAGCUACGCUCGCGCCUCACCAAGAGGAAAGAGGAGUUGCCACAGAAACUAGGGCACAGCAGCAGCUCGGGAGAGCCUGCUGUGGACCACCGCAACGUGGACGAGCUGCUAGACUACAUCAACAGCACAGAGCCCAAGCCCCUGAACAGUGCCAAGGCAGCCAAGCGGGCACGGCACAAGCAGAAGAAGAAGGAGAAGGAGAAAGCCCAGCUGGAGGCAGAGGCCCAGAAGCGGGCUGAGCGCACCCCUGCAGCCAGCCAGGCCAGGGAGCCCGCCGAGGAGAAGCUGCUGGAGUGGCCGGAGCUGGAGCUGGAGCGGGUGAACAGCUUCCUCAGCAGCCGGCUGCAGGAGAUCAAGAACACCAUCAAGGACUCCAUCCGGGCUAGCUUCAGCGUCUAUGACCUCAACCUGGAUGUCAAUGACUUUCCCAAGAAGGCAGCUGUCCUGGAGCAGAAGAACCUGCUCUCUCACCUCAAUGGCUCCUCUGACCUGCAGGACAUAGACCUGGCCCUUGCCCCGCUCAGCCUGGGCCCCGCCAAGAGCCACGCGCUGCUGCGGGGCGAGCUGGGCCCCCGAUGGGGUGAGGGGCCAGGGGAGCCACUGCCAGCCCCAGCAGCUGAGAACGGCGUGGUGAAGCGCCUCAGCGCUGUGCCCAGUCUCUCUCGGAUGAUCUGGGUGCAGUCCAAGGCCACAGACUCUGCUGCAGAUGGCGGCGGGCCAAGCCCGGAGGCCAAGGAGGGACUGCAGCCCAAGGGGCCAGAGCUGCAGGAGCAGGUGCCUGCAGGGGGCCGGCAGCGGAAGAACAAGCGGCAGAGCGGGCAGGUGAAGAAGGGGGACGGCGCCGCAGCGCCUGGCGGCCAGACCAGGCUGGAGAGCCCUGGUGCGAAGGGGCAGGUGCUGGGAACCAAGCACCCUUCGAAGCCCAGCGCCUCAGAGCCGCAGCGGGUAGGCGGCUGUGCCGAGCCGGGGGAGAGCGGCAAGGGGCAGCCCUGGGGCUGCAGCGGCGCUAGGCCGGAGAAGGAGAGAAGCGGCGACUGGAAAGGCCGGAGGGGGGAGGGCAAAGCGGAGCCACCGGAGCUGGCGCAGCUGCCUCCCCCAGCUGCUGCUGGGGACCGCCAGCUGCCUCACCCCAUCGCCCUGGGGGGCUCCCCGCAGCCCAAGGGCAAGAGCAGGAAGAGCCGGAACAAGGUGGAGAAAUCCAAUACCUCUAUUGAUGACGUGUUCCUGCCCAAGGACUUAGACGGGGUCGAGAUGGACGAGACUGACAGAGAAGUGGAGUAUUUCAAGAGGUUCUGUCUGGAUUCUGCCAAGCAGACGCGGCAGAAGGUGGCCGUGAACUGGACCAACUUCACCCUGAAGAAAACCACUUCGAGUGCAGCCCAGUGAGGUGCGGGGCAGCCCCCUGCCACCCACAGCCGCUCCGCUCUCCUCACUGUGCCCCCCGCUCCCCGCAGGCCCCCGCCUCGCUGCCGCGGGGCCGGUGCUCUCACGGGCCGCGGGGCCCCGGGGCUCGGCCCAUCCCUCCGCCCGGGUGCCUGCCCAGCCGUCCCGUCCCCCUCCUCCAGCUCCUUGCCCUCUGGGCGCCCGGCUCCCUGCGCCGCGGGGAAGGACCGUGCUGGACCCAAUAAAGAACUUUUUAAUUUUUUAUUUUAUUUAAA